AAACCAACUUUAAUCCCAUGCCUUAGUUCUUAUAGAUCAUAAAUAAUUUUCACAAUUCUCUCUGUGUUCAUCCAUGGCUUUCACCGACGCAGCGAAGCAAAACGGUUUCGACAAAGAAAUCAAAGAACUCAUCUCCUCUCUCACAAGUUGUGCAUCGAGUAUUCCGAAAAAUGGAGGUGAUUCAACUCAGCAUAAUACUCAGGAUUAUGAUGGACUCAGGAUGAUCACUUUGGCCGGAACCAACGUGGGAGCCAACAUGCACGGGGAGAUGGAUGAGAAACCUAACGGCCCACAAGGCAUCGAACUGGGAGGCACUGAAGAGUUGACUACAUAUGCAAACAAUAAUUUUCAGGCUAUUAACAAUUCAAUAAUACUCGGUGGUAGUUAUAAUACGAAGGAUCCAGGUGUUCAUUUGGACGUAUCGGAGUACAUGGAUCACAAUGCACAUCACCUCGAGCACGAUAAGAAGGAGAAGAAGAGCGAAAGGGAAGGGUCCAAAAGUGACCAUCAGAAUGAAAGUUCUUCAGACUAGCUUGGAUAAAGUAUGCAUGAGUCACCAGUCGAUCAUAUAUUUAUUUUCUACUUAUAUUUGUAAUUGCACCAACUUUAUAUUCUAUGCAAGAAUACAUUUGCGUCGUAUAAUCGAAACUCAUAUAAUUUAUUUCUUCCUCAA